AUGGAAGUAGACGGAAAGAAGUCCUUCAGCUCCAGGGUAUUCUUGCGACCUUUCAAGUACUUCAUCAGAAACUUCGCGGCAAUCACGAAGAGCAUUGAAGAACUCGAGAGCAAAGGACACACAGAGGCAUCAAAUGAUGCGGGUGAACAGGCGACAUCUUUCACUCAACAGUCUGACAAGAAGCAACGAGAGAUCGACGACAAAGUCCUUUUGGAGGACGCGAGACUACUCAAAGCCUUCAUGAAUGAAGAUCUUGAGUGUGUAUUCGACCUUCGCAGCAAGAUCGAAGCUGGCACAGACACGGAAAUUGAGUAUUCCGACUUAUGGCAUCUUUUUAAAAGGGGUGACCUUGUCAUCACCAAAUCAGAGCCAAGGCACGCCUUCCGGGUUAUCAAUAUUGUCGGCGGGCGUGAGCCACUGGUCUACCGCAUACCAUCAUUGGACGACGAAGCCAUAACUGCUGUAGAUGGAUUCGUCCUCGACUGCAUAAGCUUCCGCUCCAACGGAUCCGGCUACGUGCCGCAGCUUCAUAAACUCUCGAUCAAAAAGUAUUACGGAAGUCAGCCUAUCACAUCCCUCGUUGUGUAUCCCAUGCGAUUCUACCCAAAAAAGGACGAUCUACGCACUCGAUUCCUCGAAAAUGGAAGAAAGUAUGUUGAGGUCACAAAAGCCGACUUUUGCCACAAGAUUGUGCGCGGUAAGACGCUUGAUGAACCUUCCCAUGACCUCGAUGGUCAGGUGAUUGUGGAUAUGACCCUUGCGCUACACGAAAACCCGGACUGGAGAACCGAUCCAUACAUUCCGAUGGAAGAUCUUAGUCAACCGGACAAAAGAGAGACAUACGAAGAGUCCUGGUGUGGGCACCGAGCAGAAGGCUGCUGUGGUGGAGAUUUCAUCCACCAAGACUUGAAUGAUGACAAUCAAAAUACUCAGACAUUCUUGAGAAAACGAGGCUUGGGUUACCAGGUAGAAGCAGAUCUGUUGGAGGAGGAUUAUCUGCUGAUGCAACAUUAUGUUUUUGCGUUCGUGCUACGGUCCAGGAGGUGGAUGACAAUCAAAGUGGCGGACCUGCACGAUGUUGAAUUCACAAGUUACUUCAAAGACCUGGUUCUUCCCGAAAAUCACGGACCAACCGUUCGAGCAUUAGUCGAUACUCAUGAGAGAUUGAGAGCAUCUCCAAGUUCACCAGAAGAGCCUCAAAGCAUUGCGUCCACCCUUGACAUAGUCAAAGGAAAAGGGGCCGGCCUCAUCAUUCUGCUCCAUGGACCGCCAGGGGUGGGGAAGACAUCGACGGCGGAAUGUGUAGCUGAUGACACUCAGCGGCCUCUGUUUCCCAUCACCUGCGGCGAUCUUGGCGAGACUGCUAUUGAUGUUGAGUACAACCUACAGCACAACUUCAGGCUUGCGUAUAAAUGGGGCUGCGUUUUGCUGCUGGACGAGGCAGACGUGUUUUUGGCGAAGCGAAGUAAGAGCGAACUUCGACACAAUGCCGUCACAAGUGUUUUCCUCCGCAGCCUGGAGUAUUACGCUGGAAUUCUGUUUUUGACUACCAACCGAGUUGGCGCCAUAGACCCAGCUUUCAAGUCUAGGAUUCAGAUGUCGUUGUUUUACCCGACACUGAGCCUCUCCGUCACCAAGGAGCUCUAUAAGAAGUUCAUAAAUCGAGCCAAAGAAGAGCAGAUCGAAACCAAUACGUACCAAUUCGAGAUCAGGAAAUCUGAAAUCCUGAGGUUCGCCAAGACACAUUUCAGAGACCUCGAGAGGAGGAAGAGGGAUACUUGGAAUGGGAGGCAAAUUCGCAACGCAUUCCAAACUGCCAUUGCCCUAGCAGAACACAAGAGUAAGAAAAGGCCGCCUGGAGAUCCACUGCCCGUGCUCGGGGAAGAACAGUUCAGAGUUGUAGCGAGUGGAUUCAAGGAGUUUGAUGACUACCUUGUCACAACUCUAGGUGCUACGGAAGCUGAAUGGGCCAAGAGAGAUCAUUGGAGGGCAGAUGGAUGGUACAUGGGAAUGCCUCCACAACCCUAUGCUGCAAACACACAAGGUCCCUUCGCUUCUCCUUCGCAUUUCAUGCAUCACAAGCAACCUCAGCAACCUCCCGGUCUCUCUGGCACCGCGCCAGAUAGUAGCUCAGAUGACUCAGACUCUGAUCCUGAUAGCGACAACGAAACGAGGCACAAACAGGCCGGAAAGGCCCCAGCGGUGCCUACAAUCCUGGCAGAACAACCAGCCCCGGCUAACCCUGGCUUCAGCAUGGAAGACUUUCAAGCUUUUUUGAAGUUUCGACAAGAUGCGGCUCCCGAAAAGUAG